AUGGUCUUCUCCGCGCGCGUGUUAUACCACCCGUCUAGAGCUCCCUCCCCUUUCUCAUAUAAGCAUUUGUUCCGCGAUUGUCCAUCUCCCAUUCGCCCUUUCCUGCUCUUCCUUCCCCUCGUCGCGAACCUGCAGCAAGCCGCGACGCCCGUCGCAAUCACCGUAGGAGCCGCGGUAACCAGUUAUUUCCUCGCUGACACCUUCGCAGGCGGUUCCGAGACUAGGUCGCAAGGCGGCAACGUCGCGUCAUCAAUGAGCGGCUGGUCGGCGAUGGAGUAUCGUCGCAUGCCGAUCGCAGAGUACCUCAAGAUCCUGAGCGGGUGGGAGGAGGUGAACGGAGUGGCGGAUGACCGAUCGCAGCGCGCCUUGCUCAAACGACUCGCCGACGCGCCCUCCACCACCGCCGUCUGA